AUGAUUCACUCUGCUUUCAAAUGUGCAAGAGCAGCUGCAGCUGCGACGAUUCGUGGCCGCGCGAUCCCCGUCAGAAGCAGUCUCGUAAGAUACACGACGCCGUUGAGAUGGAUUCACGGUGAAAUCAGCGUUCCAAACGCGAACCAUGUCGCUAUUCAGAUGGUUAAUUACGCUCUUUCUCACGCUAGGUCUCAAAGAUCAGAUGAAUCUUAUGCUCAAGGGAUGUUAGUGCUUGAGCAAUGCCUUGGGAAUCAAGCUAACGAUGAUCAGGUUUCUCAGGACUCUAAAGCUAUAGUCUUGCUUGCUAUGUCUGAUCUUUUAUACGAAAGUGGGAAUAGUAGUGAGGCCAUUGAACGCCUCAAGCAAGUCAUGAGUCUGACACUCUCUUCCUUGGCUAUUAGAGUUGUUGCUGUGGAAGCUCUUGUUGGUCUGCUCAUUCAGUCAGGACAGGAUGAUGCUUCAUUGAAUGUUGCUGAUGAAUUUCUGGAACUGGUUAGAGAGAGUGGCCAUGAGAAUCUUCAGGAUGUGGCUGUGACAGCUAAAACGAUCAAAGGCCUCGCUGAGCUUGUGAAAGGAAGUAUUGAGUCGGCCGAGUCUUUGUUUCGAGGACUUGAGAACCAUGCGAUCUGCAAAGGUAACAUUGCACUUUCUUAUGGUGAAUUCUUGCACGCCACUGGAAGCUUUGAAAUGGCAAAGGAGAUGUAUCAGAAGGCAAUUCAAGGAGUGUCUGACACCAAAGAAUCCAUGAGUUCGUGUAAUAUGAAUCUGAAAGCAGUUUCAUUGGCAGCCACAUUUGCACUUGGGCAGCUCGAGUCACACAUUGGAAGUUUUGGUGAUGCGGAGGAAACACUGACAAGUGCGUUGACAAGCGCUGAGGAACAUUACGGACACAAUCAUCCCAAGGUUGGCGUGAUUUUAACUGGAGUGGCUCUGAUGUACCGGAACAAAGCAAAGCAAGAACGCUCGAGUUCUAUUAUGAUUCAAGAGGGACUCUUCAGAAGAGCAUUGGAGCUAAUGAAAGCGCCUCCUCUGGAUUCAGAAGGGAUAAUAAACAUGGAAACUCAGGAAGUGAUGGCUCUAGCAAGAGGAGGGUAUGCAGAGCUACUACUGAUUCAAGAGAACAGAAAAAGCGAAGGAGAGAAGAUGAAAGCAUGGGCUGAAUCUGCAUGGAGAAACAAACGUAUCUCUCUUUCAGAGGCAUUGACUCUCUCCGAGCCAUUAGGUAAAGUAGCCAUCAUAGAUGCUCGCACCACUCGUGUUCUCUAA